AUGAUAUUCACUGCUCCUUCCUUCUCUCUAUUGUUACUUCCAGCUGAUUUAAACCAAUUUGGGGAAGAUUACCUUGACCGCAUUGGAAAUCAACAUUUUCAAUCUGAAAAAUCAUCACAUCAAAAAGAUGAUCUCCAGAAGCAACAAUCGGGUGAUAAAGAUGAGCAGUUAAAACCACUACAGCUGAACCCUGACAAAAUUUGGGAAAAUUCACAGGGGCCAUCAUGGCCACGACUUAAAAUUGUGAACAAACCAGGCGUGGGUGACAGCCUCCUUCAUGCCCGGCCUAAGGUUCCCCUACAUAUGCAACCAAACAUCAAACAGGUGGCCGAAGCUAACUACCAGCAUAAUAUUCUUCGUCUAAAGGAUAGGUUAAAAACUGUCCAGUUGGCUGAUGCAAAUGACGAUCCACAGCCUCAUCCAGUAGCAGGUGCAAGUUUAAAAGACCUCAACCAUGCUGCAUAUGCUGUGGACAUCAAUGCUGCUGCCGUACCAAAUCAGCUUUCAGGAGCUGUUCAUAAUUCGCCAACCCCACAGCCACCUCCAGGACAUCCUAUUAAACAUGAUGUCACAUCCAAAAAUCCCAGUGCUGAAAAGCAGCAACAGAAGGUAGAUAAUUCAAAAUAUGUCCCCAUGUAUGAUAUUUACUUUAUUGGAAUUGUGGCUGGUUGCAGUGUUGCUGGAUUGGUGGGCAUCAUUGUCGCUGCUGUCUGUUGGUACAGGCUACAGAGGAAUGUGAAAGCUGCAUCUGAUGUAGAUUAUCCAGCCUAUGGGGUGACUGGUCCUACCAAGGAACGGUUGCCAUCUCCUGGUGAUAGAAAACUGGCCCAGAGUGCACAAAUGUACCACUACCAACAUCAGAAGCAACAAAUGAUAGCACUCGAGAAAGCUAAUGGUGAAAUGAAACAUGAUGCCACUGAUGAUGAUUCUGAAGAAGAAAAUGAAGAAGGAGACUACACUGUAUAUGAGUGUCCUGGGCUGGCUCCUACGGGCGAGAUGGAGGUGAAAAAUCCACUUUUCAAUGAUGAAUCCACCCAGAUGACAACGUCUGGAAAUGAAGUGACAAAUGGCCUUCAACAGGCACCAACCCCCAGCAAUAAUGUGGAGGACCAAGUGGGUCUUUCCCCACAAUGA